CAAUCACAAUGAAGAAGUCAACAACAGCGCGUCGCGUGCCGCGCAAGAUCGGAGCAGACGACGAAGAUGAAGACAUUUCUGUCACGUCCGAGCAAACACCAGAGGUCAAGCGACCAGUAUUCAAGCCUCGAAAAUCCUCCGCCUUGCGCAAAUCCCUGGGUCCGACUUCUGUGGAAGAGGACGACGCCGACGACGGAACUGUCGUCACGCCAAAACGAAGCGGCUUGUCGCGCGUAGCUAUUCAGCGAAAUGCGUCAAAGAGAUCUUCACUUCUAGCCUCGCAGCUGCCCCGAAGGUCGCCUGAGCCAGACGAUGACCGGCCGAGUUACAGUGCUGACGCGCUACGCGAGCUGAAGGAUAGCACGCCGUCCACGCCCAAGCAGCUCAGUACUGUCGAGGGUCUCGCGACUGGGACGCAAGCACUUGAUCUUUCCUCCAAAUUUGGCGAUUCUCUUGCCCGGCAUGACCAGUCAUCCACCGGAGCUUCGGCGAUACCAUCUGCAGCCGAAAUCGCAGAGAAGAAAGCACGACGAGCUCGCCUUGCCAAGGAAGAAGCUGCAGAGUACAUCUCAUUAGAUCCAGAUGAUCCGAACUUGGACGAUGAAGAUCUGGACGAGAAUGUGAUGCGGGACGACAGAGGCAGGCUUGUUCUGAAACCGAAAGACAAAUAUGGACUGUCUGAAAGCAGGCUUGUGCACGAAGAUGAGGAUAUUAUGGAGAAUUUCGACGAAUUCACAGAAGAUGGCAAGAUAUCAUUAGGGCGGAGAGCAGAAGCCGAAGCGGCGCGAAAACGCAAGGAAGACAUGGCAGCGCAAAUCGCUGAAGCCGAAGGCGCCUCCGAUAAUGAUUCGGACGACAGCGAACGCGCACGAACCGAUGCAUUCGUGGCGAACCAGACGCGGCAUGGCACCUAUGCGCAAAAUGCGACCGACGACGAUGCCACGAGCCCCAGACCGAAGACGCCACCGAUUGUCACGCCACUCCCAUCACUCGACAGUAUGAUUGAAAGACUACGGGCUCAGCUAUCCGAAAUGCAAACCUCGCGCAUGCGAAAUCUACAGGAGAUGGAGGCUCUCCAGCGCGAGAAGAUCAACCUCGCGGAACAGGAAGUGCGAAUCCAGCGUUCGCUGAAGGAGACGGCGGAGAAGUUCGAGGCCUUGCGCAAGGAGAAGGGCGUUGAGGGAUCGGGCCAGAGCGGUCUGCCGGCUAUCGAGGCGCCUCCUGUCGCGACGACCAAUGGUGGUAGCACAGACGUCGCUGAGCCGUCAGCACAAGAUGUUGAUAUGGCAGAGCCAGGAGACGAUGAGGAUGACGAAGACGAAGGAGACGAGCGUCCAGCCUUUGGCGGCUUGGGAUUUGGCACGGGGCGAUCGGACCUUGCAGGGUUUGGUCUGGGGUUCCAAGCUGCGAAAGAUAACGACUCUUGAAAAGUGGAGAUCGAAAUUGAGAGGACCAGUCACUGACACGAUCGCCGGUAUACAGUAGUUGCACUCUACGGAAGUCACAGACAGAUCGUGCCGAAUUUAUCCACAAGCUGCCUGCCAAAUUCUUGCCAAAUGC